CAGUGGUGUCACCGAGCGACGAGGAUUUGGUACGAGCAGCCACUGACUUGCAUCAGUCGCCAAUGUUCGAAAAGAUAGCCGAUAGGGGCAAGGCAGGCAAGAUUAACGAGUCCCGGCAUUGGUGUGAGCUACAACAUUUCAUCGGCCGUCUUUCGUCCUAUUUCAGGGCUAUUCAGGCGAUUCUCAGGGCACGCAGACGCUACCCUGAGCUCUUUGACACGGAAGAUUUAGAAAUCCGGUUCAUAAAUUCCAGCAGGCCUAUCCCAAACCCCAUGAACGCAUUUCAGGCUGGUCUACCACCGGACCAAAGGACAACGGUCCGUUCCGCGGGCGUCAUAAUCUCUCGGAUGACAUCCGACGAGGCUGACCAGGAGAUGUAUCAACGUUACGCAAACGAACUCCAGCGGUGCGACCUUGACAGACUGAUUGCCCAUCAAUGCUGCAAGCAAACCUUUCGACCUAUUGCCCACAGCGAAGUGCUCCUUCUGGAGUGGCUCCGGACAGAAUUUGCAGAGGAGACACAUUCGAUACCGUUCUACAACAGCAUCAAAUACAUAGGCUGCAGCAAGCCCACGUGCCGCCUCUGUGAGUACUAUUUCGCAGCGCACAACAGCGGCGUGAGGGUCCGGCCUUCUCACCGGAACGUGUACGCCAACUGGGUGGUGCCCGAUGUCUUGGUAGAGGGGGAGACCUCGCAGUACAAAGUCAAGAUGAUCGAUGCUGUCUUGAAAAAGAUUCGUGAGGAUGUUUUCCAGGCGCUGAGUGAAAAGGUUUCUGAGCGCAAGAGGUUCGACUCGGACACAUACCCGUCGUGGCCGACGUAUCAAUCCGUCACGGGCGUUUCAACCAAUCCUGGCGGACUGGCGUCCCUAGUUGAGGGCAUUUCUCUUGCCAGUCCAGAAAAAGCUUCUCGUUUUGAUGCCGCAAGAGAUGUGCGCAUUGGCGAUGAUGCUUGGAGCGUGGUUACUCAAGGUGACACUGACAAGGGUUACGGUGACGACGAUGAGGAUGGCGGAGGAACACUCCUGUUUGCGGGUCGCAACACGCGGCUUCAAACGUUGUCAACGUAUUAGAAUAAACGCACCAGAAUACACUCUAGGGCAAGGUGGCGCC